AUGUGGGUGUUCUCUCCUGCUUUCCUCUAUGACGGUGAGCUGGCCAUGUACCUCGCUAGCUCAGGGGACACCAGUCAGUUGAUGGGUGAAGUUGACAUGGAUCUCUUUAACUGUCUGGAGGAAAUUGUUCUUAGUGCUGAACAAGUGACUCCAUCAGAACAGAAAAAGCAUCAGACGAAGGACACAUCUUCUCAACACUCAAUUGACGACCAACAGGGUGCUGUUGGUACACAGAUACGGAGAACACCAUCACAACAAGUAGAGGGACGAGCAAUGCCUAAUGAGCCCGCUGGUGAGCAUGAAGGCUCAACUGAAACACCUAGCACUGCCGAGGCUCAGGUCUUGAGUCAAGAAUGUGUUAAAGCAAAGCCCAAGAGAAAGCGGUCAAGGCGUAAGAAAGCCCGCACUAGCACUGGCAGGGUUGAAGUUGUAACCUUCAAUGGAGCAAGUACCAGUACCACAGACAAACAUUUAGAUAACCCUUCCACAAUCAUACCCUCAUCACAAACUUCUGCAAAACUACCUGUUAAAGUAAAACCCCUAGGUGCUACACCCAUGGCCAGUACAACAGUACAAGCUUCUGAAUUAGGCUUUGGACAGCCACCUUUGAGGACAGCUGGUCCUAAAUCAGAUAGGAUGUGUGACACCUCCAAAAGCCCAGGACAACAACCCUCCCCAGCACUCAAUGGGUUAUCAGCUAAUGCAAAGCGAAGGAGAUACAGAAGGCGACCGAACAUGAACAAACAGAAGAGCACCACAGAGUAA